AUGUCAGGCCUGUAUGACCGAGUUCCGAAAUCGGAACCCAGCCCAGCAAUUUCUGGUUUGGCUGUUCCAGUUCCAGUGUCUCAUGGCCUACCUGACAUCACUCCAGCCCACCCAAUUCCCGGUGCCACCCUUGAUAAUCUCACGAUGGACAUGAAGAAUUUGGUAAAAAAGAUCCAAGACCUCAGUCACUUAGGAAUUGAAGACAGCAAAAUUAUGCUUCCAAAGAUAUGUGUUGUCGGUGACCAGAGCACCGGAAAAAGCUCCCUUAUCGAGGGUAUUUCCGAGAUCAAGGUGCCCAGAUCCGAAGGAACCUGCACGCGGUGCCCCCUUGAGAUCAAUAUCUCUGAAAGCGAAGACACCUGGAAAUGCGUGAUCCACUUGUCACGCCGCUACAUCUUCGAUCCCUCGAAGCGGAUGAAGAUGCCGAAGAAGUCAGAGCCACUGGGACCAUGGAUUGCCCUUGGUGGGCAAGAUGAUGAACAUUUUAUCACCUUGGAUAACAAAAAGGAUGUCAAAGGGGCUAUCCUGUGCGCACAGUUAGCAAUUUUGAAUCCUAGCACAAAUUCACAGGAUUUUCUUCCCGGAUCGACCGACAUGGAACAGACGCCUCAGGUUAAGUUUUCUCCGAAUGCCGUCCGCUUGGACAUCUCCGGCUCUGGUCUUCCAAAUCUAUCCUUCUACGAUCUGCCUGGAGUGAUAAGCCAGACCGAACAGGAUAAUGAACGUUACCUGGUGAAUCUGGUCGAGAAUCUGGUCAAGGAUUAUGUUUCUCAGGAGCAUUGCAUUGUGCUCCUCACACUGCCCAUGACAGGGGAUGCAACAAAUUCCAGUGCUGCUCGUCUCGUCCGGGACAUCAAGGGCGCAAAAGAACGUACCCUUGGAGUCCUGACCAAGCCUGAUCUCCGUCCUCGCGACGAAGCAUUUCACCAAUGGCACGAGAUUUUAGAUGGAACCAAGUUCAAGCUUGGCCACGGUUACUAUGUCAUUCGAAACAAUUCGGAUCCACUGGUCAGCCAUAUGCAGGCGAGGAAGGAGGAAGAGAUGUUUUUCGGCUCUUCAAUGUGGACAAGAGACCUCGCCGAAUUCGAGGACCGCUUUGGGAUCGGACGGCUCCAAACGGCAUUGUCUGACCUUUUGAUGCGCCAGAUCUUAGGUUCUUUGCCGUCGAUCAUUGCCCAGAUCGAUGAAAAGUCGAAAGCUAUCGAUGAAGAACUGCAAACAUUGCCGAAUCCUCCUACUGAAGAUGUGCAGCGUAUCCUUUGGGGCAAAACCUCGGAUCUUGAACGGAAGAUUCAUGAGCUAUUUGAUGGAACACCUAGUAUCGAGCAUAGUCCUUCCCAACGAAAGCCGCUGCAAGAGCAGUGGAACAAAAUUGUUAUGGACCUUCAGACCGCACUCGCAAAGACACGCCCCGUCUUGGACGUUGCUGCGCAGAAGGACAACGAAGACUUGGCAGAAAUUGUGGAUUCCGACUGUGAAAUGAAGAUCGUCGGUAUCAAUAUGUCAACACCAAAGAAACGAAAGUCGCCCACGAGUGCUACUUCCAUAUCAGAGCCAUCAACUCCGAGAAGAACUGUGUACAGCACCUCCCACUUUGAAGGAUCGAAGUCUACCCGAAUCACUCUGCAGCAGCUCACAGAACUCAAGAUUCGCUCCAACACGGUUGGUGUGCCAAAUCAGCUUGAUCCCCGGGCAAUUGAAAAUCUGAAUAAAAGAAGUGUUGAACAUUGGGGAAAGCUCAUGGAGAUUUUCCUAAAGGCUACCCAUAACCUUGUUCACGGCAUGUUGAUUGAAGCCCUUGAGGAAGAGUUCGCCCAAUAUCACCAGACUGGGCUGUAUCAGGAACUCAGCAGAAUCUUGAAGGAAUUCAUGAGCAAGCUCCGCCAUGCUCAUCUUCAUAUCGCCAAAGAUUAUUGCAAGUCCGAGCGUGAGAUACCGUUCACAAUGGCCCAAGGUCAACAUCAAGUUCUCAUGCAACAGGCUUCGAACUCUCUCAGAGCUCGUCGACUCAAUGCUCGUGCCAGUUGCUGGCUUAAAAUUCGUGGCCACGAUAUGACUGACGAAAGAAUUUCCGAAAAGAUCAAGAAGAUUCAACCAGAGCAAAUUGGUCCUGAUAGAUACUCUCAAGAACUUGAGAUGAUGGCCAGCUCGCUGGCCUACUACGAUAUCGCGUCUUCUCGUUUCCUAGACGUCCUAUGCCAGUCCACUCACAUGAAGUUGUUCCGGGCUUGCCGUGCAAGCCUUGUCAAUACUCUUCGUGACGACCUGGAGAUUUUCGGUGAUAACGGUCGUGCCCGAUGUCUUGACCUUAUGACGGAGGAUCCCGAACGCCAGCAUCGCCGUGCUCAGUUAUUGAAAGAGCGUGAAAAGUUCAGCAAAGCUCAAGAAUGGUUGGACUCUGUCCGAGAUUCGGAUGUCGAAAUGGAGGAUUCCGAUCAAACUGCUCUUGCAGACAUCAAAGAGGAUUGGUGA